GCAACAGAAUUACCUGCGGAAAAAGAAGAAAAAAAAGGGAGAAAAAAAAUAAGUCAAUGCCGUAGGUGGAAAAGAUAGAAAAAGGGGAGGGGAACUGCUGGGGGCGUCUCCUAACCAUCAUGAGGGACCUAUCGCUUUCCUUUGCUCUCCUCACCUCGGUCAUAGGAACCGCUCAUCAUCCUCAGUUGCUGCCACCUCAAUUCGUAGCGUUCAACAUGGCGACACUCGGUGGUGCGGGUUUCGGGUGGCAUCAUGGCGAGUUGGAAGUGCAACGUAUGCUCAAAGUACCGGACAUUUACAACCCGACCUUCCCGGGCCUGUCGGGGCCCUUUGGUCUUCGCGUUUCAGUAUCACCAAUGCUAGCCCUUGGUACGCUCGACGCCCAGGGCCGACCUUGGACCACGGUCUGGGCCGGCGAGAGAGGAUUCGCCCGGCCGAUUGCCGAGAACGUCCUCGGCGUACGGGGCGAGGUGGAUGUGGAUAACGACCCCGUGUUCAGGGCGCUUUGGGGACUCGACGAGACCGGUGGCGUGGAGCUGAAUGCCGUGGUGCGGCCUAACGACGGCCAGGGAAAGAUGAUCUCCGGUGCGUCCAUUGACCUCUCGCACCGGGACCGCGUCAAGUUGGGCGGACACAUGAUCGCAGGCGCUGUGACGGAUUUGAAGCGGCAGGACGGCGGCGCCGGAAACAGCAGCGGCGAGCUGCAGAUGGCGUUCGCUAUCAACGAGAGCUUGGGCAACUGCCCCAAGUACCUCAAUAAGCGUGAGGUGGCGCCGCGGACGCCGACCCCUGGCAAGGUGGAACGUACACUGCCGCUGAGCGACGACGCCGUGAAUGUCAUCAAGCAGGCGGAUCUCUUCUUCCUCUCGAGCACCGAUGGGAACUCGAUGGAUUCGAACCAUCGCGGUGGACCUCCUGGCUUUGUGAGAGUGGCGCGGAAUGACGAAGGAGGUGUCGAAUUGGUGUUCCCCGAAUAUUCCGGAAACCGUUAUUAUCAGACGCUGGGGAAUCUCAAAAUCGACCCCCGUCUCGGUAUCGUCGUCCCAAACUUUGACACAUCCGAUGUUCUUUAUAUCACAGGAACAACAGACCUCCUCUUCGGUUCUGAUGCCGCCGCCUACAUGCCGCGCACCAACUUCGCCGUCAAGAUCAUCGUCUCCUCCGCCAUUUUCGUGCAAGGGGGCCUGCCAUUCCGCAAUGUAUCUGCGGUAGACUACUCUCCUUACAACCCUUCGGUUCGAGCCCUCAUCUCGGAAGGGGCCGUCGAUCCCGUGGCUUCCGCUUCCCCCACCUCCGCCGUCCUCACCCUGUCCCGUCGCGAGCCGCUAUCGCCCAGCAUCACGCGCUUCACCUUCAAGCUGACACCGGCACCGGGUAGCGAGGGAAAACCCGCGCCGACCUGGCAGCCCGGCCAACACGCCACUCUCGAUUUCGCCCCCGAGCUCGACCACGGCUGGGAACACAUGUGCGACAGCGACCCGCGGAGCCUCAACGACGACUAUAUCCGGACAUUCACCGUGUCGAAUCAUCCGCCGCCGCGGACAUCGUCUGGUGCAGAGCCUCUGGAGGUGCAGAUCACGGCCAGGGUGGGCGGUCCCACCACGAGUCACCUUCAGAGAUACAAUCUCAACAACGGCCUUCCGCUGGAGAUUCCCCUCCGCGGCUUCGGCGGCGGAGAGCGGUUCCGUAUCGCCCCGGCCCUCGAGGGAGGACAGGGUGAGGCACUUUUCGUAGCAGGAGGUGUGGGUAUCACACCUCUACUCGCGCAGGCGCCGGAGCUCCUCCAAAUAGCUGGAAGCGGGGGCGCACCGGCGGCGUUCCGAGUCCUGUGGACCCUGCGGGCUGCGGACCUAGGACUCGUUGUCGACUCUCUGGAACGGAUACCCGGGCUGGCUGAGCGGGUGAAGUUGUUCGUGACCGGGACCGUCCCGCAAGGAGAAGCCGACGGAGGGGAAGAUGAUCCCGUCUCGAAGCUUGAGAAACUCGGCGUUGCGGGUCUUGAGCGGAGAAGGAUUCAGAAAGAGGACGUGGUUGCCGAACAGCCGCCGAGUAACGACGAGAAUACAACGAGAAGGAAGUUCUUCCUUUGCGCGGGACCUGCUCUGCUGAAGGACUUGCGGGAAUGGCUGGAGGGGGAGGAGGUUGUCUGGGAGGAUUUUGGGUAUUGAGCCUCGGACACAGCAGGGCUGCUCAGUUAUUAAGUUGAGUGUAGUUAGAUACUAUCCAUAGACCCCUGAAGCUGAUUUUUAUCGGCGGUUCCGUUGACAAGCGUUCAGAGUGAUGGGGAGCGACGUUGAUUAUGUCGUUUUCUGGUCAAGGUAAGUAACAUGCUGAAAGGCUCACCAUCAAGCAGAUAUUCCUUCACAUGUCUCGCUGUUCGUGUUCGCCUUGCUGUGCCGUUUGAAGUGGAACAGAAGAAUACCCAAU